AUGGCUUCGAUCUACAUCUGUACGGAAUGCGGAACAAACCUCAAUCUCCAAACCGCCCACCUCUUCCCACCGGACUUCUACUUCGAGGCCGGCAAUAAAGGAACCCUCUCAUUCUCUAUUGUCGACACCACCAAGUUCAAGUUUGAGAAAGAAGAUAAGAUCAGACCCUUCUUUGAGACCCUGAAUUAUUGGGGAAUCCAAAGACAACGGACCAAGAUCAAGUGCAAUAGCUGUGGACAUGUUGUGGGUUAUGUGUAUGAUGAUGGUCCGCCUCUCACUGGCAGUCCUGGUCAGCUCCAUAUGGGGCCUAGUCAGGUCAUCCCUAGGCUUCCGAGGUACAGGUUUAAGACUAAGGCUCUUCGGAUUACUUCUGAAACUUGA